AUGUUGCAGAAAUUUUGUUUGAUGACUUCUUAUGGAUUUCCUUCGGAGCUUGGUUUCCAACAAGAAUUUGUUAUGAAGGGUUGUCAACAAUUGGUGCCUUAUCAUGUAGCGAAACCAGAAAUUGUUCGAUAUCAGUGUCCUAAUCUUAGGUUAAGUUCGUAUGAGGAAUCGAGAAUGGCAUCAAAAGAGUGGUUCGGUUAUAAUCAGUUUGUCAAUUUGGAGUUGUCAGCUCUAAAGGAAAUGGUUAUUGAUGUUAAAGCAACUUGUCCAAGCACAUUACUUUUCAGCUUUGGCGCCGUUAAUCAAUGCACCGAGCAUGAUAAAACUUUGCAUUGUAUCACAUCUGAGGCUGCUGAACUAGGCGGUGUUCGUAAAGCUUUGUUGUCUGACUUGAUGAGUCUGCACCUUUCAGGCAUUGAUAUACCUCAAAUUUCAUUGCAUCCUCUCAUCUACCCAAAUAGGACAUUCUAUAUCUCGAGGCCUUUGCUUGAUAUUUUUCAAGAUUCAGCUCUAAGUUCAAAAAUUACUGCUCAUCCAGAUGGCCAAGUCACAUUUAUGGGUACAGAAAUUGAGAUGAAGGAUUUUCUUGCUUUAGUUACCGAGUCAUACUUAUCAGAAAGCACACAUAAGGGUGAAAAACAGUUUAUGCUUGUUCCACACUUCAGUAGGCUGAAUAUGAAUGAAUUAGAGGCCAGAAGUCAUUCCUCCAUAUUGGAUAUUCACUCUACACUGACUGUUCCUAUAAAAAGUCCUGAGAAAGUCAAAGUCAAGCCGUCACGAAAAAAGAGCAAGAAAGUAGCCAGGGAGAGGGAUCUGUUCAAGAAGAACCACAUUCAUGCAUGUGAAAGCCUUCUGUUUUUGAUGACUGAUAAAAGUCAUCAUCGAGAAACAGCAAUUCUUUCACUGAAGAAAUCUGGCCCAGAGCUUCCUGAACUCCUCACCCAAUUCUCUGCCGGCAUUGCAGGUACUGGCCUUGCUGUUGUGCUAUCUGUGAUCUGCAAGCUAGCUUGUGGAAGGGUCCCCUUUUGUGCAUCUAAGGUCUUCAACACGGGUUUGGGUUUCGGGCUUGUUUGGCUUUCUUGGGGAGUAAAUAAACUGAGGAAUACAAUUGUUAGCAUAAACAAGAAUACCGGAAAGAUGAGAUUGAAAGAUAAAGAUAUGAUUCAAAAGGUGGAUAAGAGCCUAAAAGAGGUUUACUUUAGAGCUGCAGCAUUGCUAGUAGUGGCAGUGCUAAGGCUUGCUUGA